GUCAGGAGUCGAGUUGUCACACAGCCCAGUGCUUACACAUCUAUACACCGAGUCGCAGAAGAGAGAGAUCAACUUCUCUUGAUAUAUUGAUACAGCGCCUCCGUACAAAAACCGUCGCCCCCGAUUGAACUGUUAAAUCCCAAAAAGCGACACGACGACGUCUGAAGCCGCGAGCGUCGGUAGGCUGCGUGUCGUCGGUACAUAGCGCCCACACGCGGAACAUCAGCCGCAGCCUUUUUUCUUUUCCCCCGCACAGCACAAGUCAAAAAAGAAAAAGGAAGAAAAAGUUUUGAUUCUACAAAAUGAAGACGACGACGACGAUCUAUUUCCUCGCCGUCGGUCUCCUGUUACUCGCCACAUCUCCAGCAGUGAGCGGCCACUUGGAGCCGGAAUUCGUGGACGCAGUACAGAACAUCACGGUACCCGUCGGCCGAGACGUCAAGUUCUCCUGUCACGUUCGACACUUGGGCACCAGUUACAAAGUGGCUUGGAUUCAUUUCGAACGGUCCGCCAUAUUGACGGUGUACAAUCAAGUAAUUACGCGAAAUCCUCGAGUCGGAGUGUCUCACGAGAAUCACCGGACGUGGCAUUUACACCUGAACGAUGUCCAAGAAGCCGAUCGAGGACGUUACCUUUGUCAGAUCAACACGGCCCAGGCGAAAACCCAGUCGGCUUAUCUCAACAUCGUCGUGCCACCGACGAUUGAGGACAGCGCCAGCAGCUCGGACGUGAUCGUGCGAGAAGGCAGCGACUUGAGCCUUACCUGCCAGGCUCGUGGGUCGCCGACGCCUUCGGUCAAGUGGCGCCGGGAGGACGGCCGCAAAAUCUCCACCAACAAGAGCUUCUCCAGCACGGAAGUGGAAGGCUCGAGCUUGGAACUGCAGAAAAUCAGCCGACUGGAUAUGGGAGUCUACCUCUGCAUCGCCUCCAACGGUGUACCCCCGACGGUCAGCAAGAGGAUCUAUGUCAGCGUCGACUUCCCGCCGAUGGUCUGGGUACCGCAGCAGUUGGUGGGCUCUCCACUGGGCGCCACAGUGACGAUUGAAUGUUGGCUGGAAGCUCACCCGGCUGCGCUGCACUACUGGGCAAGACCGGACGGCCAAGUCCUUCACGAUCCGACAAAGUACAGGAUCGAGAGCAUCAACGGAGUUACAGCCGCAGUCCAGCAACAGCACAUGUCCAACGGAACUCGCUCCUCCUACACGGUCUCCUCCAACAACGGAGGAUUUCACGACAAGAAAAAAAACAUUGCCGGAGAUGCCCCGUUCUCGACUCCCAACAUGAACCCCUCGUCUUACAUGACCCAUUUGAAAUUGACCAUUCGCCACCUGACCGUCAGAGAUUACGGACCAUACCGCUGCGUCGCCAAGAACCCGCGCGGAGAGACGGACGGCACCAUCAAGAUCUAUCAAACUGAUCGGACGGGCCACUUGGUGAAAACCGUCCAGCAGACCGGCGAAACGACCAAGAGUGAAGUCUUGACUAGCACAGAAUCGACAGAAGAUUUACAGACGGGCAAGCAGGUGGCAAACGGCAACAGCGCCGGGACAAAAAACAUGAGCGACGCUCCGCGCGAUUCCAGCACCAAUCUCUCUCGCCCCGUAAGUCACCAAAAAGAAGUUCCUUCUUCCUCGAGUCAAGGUGCGCCGGGAGUGAUGACAUUCGGGUUAUUUCACUUGGCAGUGUUGCUGCUGCUGUGGACCCUCAAGUCAUCGCUCAACAGAUGAACGGGUUUCCAGCCGGGCCGACCCGAAAGAAAACGGAGAAAAGCGACAGUCUGUCACAAAAGAAGAAGAAGAAGAUAAAAAAAAAGUUCCUACACACAAUAAUAAGUCGGCUGAGCCAAAGUGGCUUGUUUGUUUUGUUACGUUAUUUUUUUUUGUUGUAUACCAAUCUCGACUCUCUGUUGUUUCAUCUUCUCGACGAGAGACGGCAUCGCGCGAUCAUCAAACGACAAGUGGAUCAAUAGAAAACAAAAAAAGAGAAGAAAAAAUACAAACAGCAAAGUCACUCCGGCAAUCGGUGAAUGUUUCCAAUGAUUGCCGGUCGAUUUCGCUUUGUAAAUUGUUCAUUCAUAUUUUUACCCCAGACCUUUUUCACUUCACUUUGACUCAUCGAAACAAAAAAAAAAAAACUAAAAACUGGAUAUAUAAUCCUCCGCCAAAAUGAGAAAAGGAUAGGCGACGAGGUUGUUGAAAAUGUAGGAAGAACUAACAAGUUUAGAUCAGAUCUUCACGAUUCCCUUCUUCCCCCCCCCCUUUCCUUGUUCCGAUUCCGGCAGCAAAUGUUUAUGAUACGCAACUCUGGUGCGGACGAGUGACACAGUACUACUAAUGUAUACACAAUGGCAACCAAUUAAAAGCUCUCGGCAUUUCUCUUCUUCACUGCACUGUCGAGUCGUCAUCCUAAUCACUAUCAUCUUUUCAACGAAUACCCCAAACUUUUGAAAAGACUGUUGCUGCUGAUGUUUCAUUCCCCCCCCCCCUCUUUUAGGUUGUUCCAUCGAGUUUCUCGCUCAUCAUCAUCGUCUUUGCAGCGUGUUGUUCUUUCUCCCCAUUCCUGCAUUCAUAGUGUAUAUAUUUAUACAGAAUAUAUUCGAUUCCUAGUUCAGAGAAGCCCGAGACGACCCUCCCCAUCGCGUGUACAAUAAUAUGCCAAGGCUGCCGCUAUUUCUGUUGCCCGUCUCCUCUUUGUUGAUACAUCUCUGUUACGUAACAUCUUCAUCGAAUACAUUGGAAACUGUCACGACUUUUAAGAUUCUCCCAUCGUUCAAAUCUGGCGGCUGAGAAUAGGUCCGAAACAAUCGAGUAGUACGACACCCGUCACCGCCAAGUUGUUUCGAUCUCAAACGUCAACAUUGUUAACGGUAUCGCAGGGACCGAUGAAGAUAACAUCCGGAUAUGAGAACGGAAACAAGGAAAGUGAGAGAAACAGUGAGAGGAUAUAAACACUCGCCAACCAGAUCUAGAUGAAGAGCACGUGGAAAAGAAAAACGACUUGACGGAGACUGCGAUUUACAGUACGCUUCGAUGGACAGGAUUUAAAGAAAUAAAGGAUCAUUCUUACCAGUUGCAGCCUGGCAGCUAUCCUUUAUACGUACUGUACAUCAAAAUAAAAAAAAACAACGUCUUAAGGUUUGCUGUCAAGAAACUUGUUUAACUUCAAGGUAGGAACAGAACAAAUUAAUUAGGGAAAAACAGGAGGGAAUUUGAUCGAUCAUUGGUAAAACUUAAAAUGCGAAAUGGUUCUGUGAUUAACAAAACGUU